GAGCGAGCACAGGAGAGGAUGCAAAUUCAAUGACAGAAACAGAGAGUGAGAGACACAGCUUGAGAAAUCCACCGCAGCAGCUGAUGACUGAGUGAACAAGUUGGUAGGAGUGAAAGAGUGAGCUUCAUGCAAAACGAAAGGAAAGGAGCAAAGAGACAGGCAGAAAGUCAGGGAUAGAGAGUGAGUGUAGUGCGGCGUUGCGCUGGUCUGCUCAGUUAUCUGUCUCCAUCUGGGUGCCAUCUGUGUCUCUGGCUCUGGCCUUCGCCACACUGGAGCUCACAUAUGUGGGAAUGCAAACACAUGCCUGACAUAUGAAGGCGUGGAGUCACCGAAAGAGACAAAAAGGAAAGGAUAAGAAACCAAGAACCUCAGCACUGCAGCUGAUUUUCUCUAAGGACUGAACAGUGGACUCUGCUAGAGUGGAGACAGUAGAGAGAAGAAGAGCCCUGCCAUGCCCGGUUCCCCUGUGGAUGCUAAGACUCAUUCCAGAUCAGCCCCCAGCAGCAGCGCCAGCUCCACGAUGCCACCCCUGCCUUCUGUCAACCCCAGUGGCCCUCGUCCGGCUUCCUUUUCCACCACAGCAUUGACCAAUGGAAAUCAUCAUUCCCCGCCAACCCUGAAUGCAGUACCAUCUCCACCGCAGCGUUACAGCAACGGACCGUCCUCUUCCUCUUCCUCAUCGCUGGCUAACCAACAGCUGCCAGCCACCUGUGGGGCACGCCAGCUGAGUAAGCUGAAACGUUUCCUGACCACGCUGCAGCAGUUUGGCAACGAUAUCUCCCCUGAGAUCGGAGACAGUGUCCGAAACCUAGUCCUUGCCCUCGUGAAUUCAACAGUAACUAUUGAGGAGUUCCACUCACGACUUCAAGAGGCCACAAACUUCCCCCUGCGGCCCUUUGUUAUUCCUUUUCUCAAGGCAAACCUACCCCUGCUGCAGAGAGAGCUACUCCACUGUGCACGGGCAGCCAAGCAGACCCCAGCCCAGUACCUGUCCCAGCAUGAGCACCUCUUGCUAAGCACCACCCUGGCCUCGUCUCCAGACUCUUCGGAGCUGCUGAUGGAGCCAAGUGACUCCGGGACCAAGAGACACAGCCCUAGCAGAGCAAAAGAGAAUGGUUUCCAUGAACGCCCCCCUGCAUCGCUGGAGCCUGCAGCAAAGCGCAUUUGCACCAUCAGCCCUGCUCCCCGACACAGCCCUGCCCACCCGCUGCCCCUGAACGCCCAGCUUCAUCCGACCCCCCCACCCCUGCAGCACUACGCCCUCGAUGACAUUGCAGCGCCACACAUUCUGCACCGCGAGCACAGUCAACGCAUGCUGGAGAUCCGCGAGCUCAAAGACAGGCCCAGACUCCCUGGCACUAACGGCGGCUACCGCGAGGAGCCAGUGGACCACAGACUGACAGACAGAGAGUGGGCUGAUGAAUGGAGGCAUCUGGAUCAUGUGUUGAACUGCAUCGUGGACAUGGUGGAGAAGACACGGCGGUCGGUCAGUGUCCUCAGACGAUGCCAGGAAUCAGACCGUGAGGAGCUCAACUACUGGAGGCGACGUUCCAGUGAGCAGGAGGACCCACGCAAAGGAGGUUCGGGCUCAGCUCCAUUCUCCAAAGCGCACAGCCCCCACACCGCCGAGUCCGACUCCCAGCGCGACUUUGCUCCACGGCCAGGCUCAGCAUACGUUACAGAUGAAAUCUGGAGAAAAGCUGAGGAGGCAGUGAAUGAAGUGAAGCGUCAGGCCAUGGAUGAAGUGCAGAAGGCAGUAGCAGAGGCCGAGCAGAAGGCCUUUGAGAUGAUCGCUACAGAGAGGGCUAAGAUGGAAAAGACCCUGGCCGAAGCAAAGAGAAAAGCUCAGGAGGACGCCAUCCUGGUCAUCAACGAACAAGAGGAUUCCAGUGAGUGUUGCUGGAAUUGUGGCCGAAAAGCGAGUGAGACCUGCAGCGGCUGCAACGCGGCUCGUUACUGUGGCUCCUUCUGCCAACAUAAAGACUGGGAGAGGCAUCACCUCAUCUGUAGCCCGGGUCUUCAGGCCCAGCCCAAAUCCGUCUCUGCCAUCACCACAGCCAGGGUAGCCACCGUAACCGCAGCGGCGGCAGCAGGGGCGUCUCCAGCUGGUCUGGCAGGGGUCAAGGCCCUCGACAGCGCGCCUUCGGCAUCCAGCCCCAGCGGCGAGAAGGCUUCAGUCACUUCUCGCUCCUCCACUCCCUCCACCCCGGCCUCGGCCCCUGAGACGAACGGACACUAGGAGGUGAGGGACUUUGGCGGUUACCGUGUCCUCCAUCCUCUUCCCAAGCAAGGAAGCAAUGAAUCGGCAGCAAGAAGGAACUAUUUGUGGGUGAAGUUAGGAUAACAGAUUUUUCAUCAUACUCUUUGGCAGAUAAAAAAAGACAGAUUAUGGAUGACUGUUUGAGUGAUAUGUCAACUGGGACUUUGGCUUUGGCAAGGAACAGAAGGACUCGUCUCAAAUGCAUCCAUUGGAUGAACAGAUCUCCCUAACAGAUGGAAACGUGUUUGUCAUCAUCCAAAAAACCCCAAAUCUUGGAUAUGUGAGAUGAGGAAAAAACUGAUGAUUGAUCUCAGUUUAUCUCUGACUGUGGGGAGGAAGUUAUGAGAGGAUGGCAUAUGAGAAAAGAAACAGGAGAUUAUAAAGAACCCCCCCACAAACCUCCCUGCCCCCCAUCCAACCAAUAUUUUUCACUUUGUUGUGCAUAAAUUUAAGAUAAGGAGGUGAUGAUGGGUCAUGUAAACAGUGUAAUAGUACCAGCCGUAAAGCAUCUGUCUUCGUCCUGUAGGAAAAUCUGACUGUACACUACAUGACUUUCUGCAGCUCUCCUGUAUACAUAAAUAUUUGCUUGCCAAGUUCUUGUCAGGUUUCCAUAUGUGUGAAUGCGCGUGUUCAACAGUUGUGCUGUCAGUGAAUAUUGUAAAGUAUAUGAUUCUUUUGUCAAAGCAAUAUAAAGAUAAAGUGUUCAGGUAUCUCAAGCCGUUUUCUGCAUCACCAAAGUUUUCAGAGAGAGUCGUCGUCAUUUCCUGUAUCUGUCUGUGAACAACAGGUAAUUAUACACUAACACCAACAUCACAUACGCUUUUUUAAAGAGUUUAAUAAGGAACUCGAGUCAUGAUUUUAAAUUUUCUGACAUCGAGAAAUGUGAUGGUGACUGGAUCUCAUACACAUAGGAAGAUUCAGUUAUGACUUUUAUCCCGGUUGCAGUUUCACUUUGUUCACAUCACCGUUCACAUCGUAUAUGGCAGGGUCAGAUGUCGCUCUAAAGUCCCCCACUACUGCACCAGAGGAUCACUGAUUUGUAUUAAAGCUUUUGCAUUUUUAAUAGUAUGGGAAAUGAGGCGUUAAAUCCAUCUAUCUUCAAAAGGAGAAACCGCUCGCUGGUGCUUACAUUGAAAGCAGCAUCUCUGUCCCACGGGGAAUCUCAGGAGCUAAACUGUAUUUGUAUGUACAGACCAUUCUGUCGUUUUUCUUUUGUCACAGUUAGGUUCGAGUCAAUGUUUAGUGAGGGUCUUUGAUUUAUCGUAUUCUGCUGUUACAUAUGGGAAACUCCUGUUUUUGUUGGUUGUAAGAUGACUUUGUAAAGAAUAUUAUGAGAGAAUGCCUUUAUUUUGUGAGCCACAGUUUUCCUCUUCAUUCUUUAAACACAUUCUUUUGUUAUGAGGCAUAACUUCAUAUUAAAAGAUAUCUUGACAUGAAGUAUAAAAUAAAAAAAAAAACAGACUUCAUUUAAA